CUGGAUGCCGACAAACACGAGAAUGACCCGGAGCUGGAGGCGAUCCGGAGAGACAGGGGCUACUCCUGGAUGGACAUCGUAACCAUCUGCAAGGACCAGCUGCCCGGUUACGAGGACAAGAUCAAGAUGUUCUACGAGGAGCACCUGCACCUGGAUGAGGAGAUCCGCUACAUCCUGGACGGCAGCGGCUACUUCGAUGUGCGAGACCAGGAGGACAAGUGGAUCCGCAUCUCCAUGGAGAAAGGGGACAUGAUAACCCUGCCCGCAGGCAUCUACCACCGCUUCACGCUGGACGAGAAGAACUACGUGAAGGCCAUGCGGCUGUUUGUGGGAGAACCCGUGUGGACAGCGCACAACCGGCCCGCAGACCACUUCGAGGCCCGGGAGCGCUACGUGAAGUUCCUGGCCCAGACGGCGUAGGCCCCGGGGACAGCAGCCGCCAUGCCUAAGUGCUGACCUGGGGACAGAGCAGGAAAGCCCCCAUUUCUCACUUUCGUGGUGUAGACCCCAGGCUAGGUUCUUUCUUUUGUGAAAUUAUUUGAUCAGAAUCUUCUAAUGGAGGGAGCAGUAACGCUGAUUCUCACUCAGAAGCUGCUGCGGAAAUGCCACCAAGCACCUUCAGUUCCUCCAGCUCGGCUGAGCCUAGGGGUGCAGGCGCGGUCGGGAGCACUUAGCUGGGCCCAGAUGACAGCCCGCCCCUGCCCCUGCUCAGAACCCCCGCUGCUCUGUGCAGCCAGCCAGGCUUGCCCUGGAGAAGAGGGCAGGUCUCCUGGUUGGCCUCCACCUGGCUGCACGGCAGGGGAGCCCUCUCUCUGCUGAGGUGCCCAGGCUGCCUCCCGCUGGCUGCCUUCAGUUUAUGCUGCAACUUGGGGUUGCUGCUAGUCGGGUGAAUAGGGUCUCUUUCCUCCUUGUUAAUGGGGCCAGCAGGUGGCAUGGUGGUUAAGUGCUGGAUUCCCACUUGGCCGACUGUGGUUCGGGUCCCAGACUGGCGGCUUAAUGAAUCACAACAAACAACUAGACAAUUAAAUAAAUACAUAAAUGCUAAAAACAAAA